AUGGGUUUAGGUUCAUUCCCCACCACUAGACCGACAAGGCGUAAUGCCAGCGACAGCGCGAUCCCGAUCUACGGGAGGUCAGCUCCUUGCCAACCCAGAGGCUUGACUUACAUCGAAGCACAAGGAAUGGUCCGAUGGUCCUGGUACGAAGGACAAUUCUCCUGGCUCAAAAUACUUAUCUGGGUGUCCCCUGUCUCCGCUUUGAUUGGACUGGUUGCCGUUGUUGUUGGCAUUGUUACCGCGGCAUGGUAUGUGGUGGUGCUAGGUGCCAUUCAGACACUGUUUUUUUGUGUGCUUAUGGGAAUAGUGCCCAAUUGGAUGUGGAAUGAGAAGAAACAGUAUGCAAUUAGCGUGGCACGCCUAAAGAGCAAGGAAGCGGCCCGGAUGUGGGAGAGAGUGGAACCUCACUUUCACUUUUAUGCCAAAGAUGUCUUCUUCGAGACUUCGUAUGGUGCCAAAAGUUUGAAAGUACUUCGUGAUGGCACCAUUGAAGUGCACGGUUGCCAUAAUGAUGCCGGGGAUGGAAGUGAUCUUGACAUGUUCGGUGACAUGGCCGACAUGGCCGCAGAAAUAACCGACACCAGUGCUCCAACAGAGCUUCCAUCUGCCUUCUAA